AUGGAGCAGCAGAUGGAGCAGGUCGUUCAGGCCAUCAACAUUGCCUUUGAUCAGAGUCAGAUUUCGCUUCACCAGCAGGCGUUGGCGUAUCUGUCGACCGUCCAGCAAAACUCGAAUGAAACUUGGAGGCUCGUGUUGAAACUUUUUGUCGAUCAGAACGCCGAUGGGACAAGAAAGUAUCCUGCGCAAGUGCGCUUCUUUGCUCUUCGGGUGCUAGAUGAGUUUUUGGACAACCGAUUCGAGAGAUUUGACCAUGAAUCCUUCCAAACCCUCCAGCAAGCGUUGAUCGCGUAUAUUCAGUCGGAAUACGUGUUGGGUCCUGCGGAAGCUGAUGCCACUUUCAUUCGCAACAAGUUUUCCCAUACCCUCACCCUCUUCUUCCUCUGCACGUACAAUGGACAGUGGCCAACGUUCUUCUCCGAUCUCUUCACUCUCAUCCAGCCAACGGAACAAAGCUCGCAAAAGGGAUUCAACCGACAUGUGUCGCUACUCUUCUUUCACAUCGUGCUAGAGAUCUCAGGCGAGGUAGCAGACCAAAUCAUCAAGUCUGCGAGAACGUUCAGCGCAGCGCGCCAUGCACGCGACGGAAGGGUUAGGGACGGAGUGCGCGAGCGAGAUGCCUCUAGAAUCAAUGAGGCUGUUCUGACCAUCGUGGCAGAAGGCGCAGAGAGGAUGGCGGAGCUCAGGAAAGACCCAACUGCGACCUCAGAUCCAAAAGAAUUGGAUAACGUGGUUGAGGUGGUGGAUUGGGGUGUGCGUACCUUUGGGUCAUAUGUCGGCUGGAUAGACAUCAAUCUUACUGUUACCCCUACAACCGUCCCACUGUUGUUCAAUCUGCUUGCUGAUCCUUCAUUACCCAUUCGAUUAGCGACGUCUGUCGCCCUCCUACGCAUUGUUUCGAAAGGCCUCAAAGAGCCGAGCGACAAGCUGCAACUUCUGAAAGUCCUGUCUUUGGGGCAAGUGCUCGAAGCCCUGGAGGCGAAAACGCGUCAACAACAGCAAGAACGUGGAGACGACACCGAUGAAGGAGAGGAGUCGUAUCGCGAAGCAUUGGGGAAGUUGCUCAAUGUCCUCGGUCAAGAAUUGGCAAAACUGGUCGAUGACUGCCCGAAUGAAGAAAUACGCACUGAAGCUUCAACGUACCUUCUUCAUAUUCAGCCAGUUAUGCUUCAUUUCUUGGCCGACGACUACGACGAUACGUGCUCCACCGUUUUCCCACUACUACAAACUAUUCUGUCUGCGUAUAAACGCGCUCGCAAGAUUUCAACUGAACCACUGGACGAGUCGAAACGGGCGUUCCUUAUUUCGCUAUUGGAGGUUAUCCUAAUUAAGAUGAAGUGGGAUGUAGACUCAGACCCCGAUGAAGCUGAUGAAGAUGAUAUCGCUGAAUUCGAGAAGAUGCGCAAGGAUUUGCGUACUUUCCUAGAUUCCAUUCUCUCAAUCGACCAAGCUCUCGUGACAGACGCUGUACGAACUCUGGCGUCAAAUACGAUCUCAGCGUACAGGUCGGGAGUCUCGAUCAAAUGGAAUGACGCGGAACUCGGAGUGUAUCUCGUCUACAUCUUCGGCGAAAUUAACAAAACUGGUGGAAAAGGCCGCGCCGCAUUUUGUCAAGCUCCUGCUGUCGAUAAAGAUAAACGAAGGGAGACAAACUACUCGGAAUAUCCUUUGACUCCUCAUGGCGAGAUGCUUGCAGCCCUAGUUCAAUCUGGAAUCGCUUCAUUUCCAAAUCGAAGCGUCGCCCUACAGGUCUUUGAGACGGUUUCACGGUAUACGGAUUUCUUCAAAGUCCGGAAAGAAUGCAUCAUUCCUACACUAGAGGCCAUAGUGGACGUUCGGGGGCUACAUAACGACAACUCACAAUAUCGUUCUCGACUAUUUUACCUUUUCCACCGAUUCAUAAAAGAGCUUAGAAACGAGAUACCCGUCGACAUUGCGCCCACCAUCAUCGACAGCAUGCGCGAUCUAUUGCCAAUCGCUGUGGAGAUUCCAGAACCAGAAGAACCUGAGCAAGAUGUCCUGACAGAAGCCGUCAAGAACUCAACUUUCGAGUCACAACUCUUCCUGUUCGAAACAGCGGGCAUCUUGUGCUCUCUCAUGUUUAAGGACCCGUCACAACAAUCCACCGUCCUCUUGUCACUGGUGAAGCCUCUCAUGGACGACCUUUCGGUCAACUUUCAGGCUGUCAGGGCGAAUGACACCUCUGAUCUUGUCCCUAUCGUCAAAGUGCACCACAUCAUUAUGGCCCUCGGAAACAUCGCCAAGGGAUUCCCCGAUUAUCCUAACCCACUACCGCCAAACUAUAUUCUACCGCCCCUUGAAGUAUUUGCGGAAAUGGCACAGGCGAUUCUGGUCUGCUUAGAGGCCAUGAAUGUGUUUAAGCCAAUCCGUGAUGCAACAAGAUAUGCAUUUGCGAGAAUCUUGGCAACUGCUGGCCCGACUGUCACCCACUCUAUUCCUCCACUUAUGAGCAACUUGUUGGCACAUUUCGAACCUUCAGAAUUAGUUGACUUCAUGAAUUUCAUUGGCCUUCUCAUCCACAAACUUCAGAAAGACAUGUUCGAUGUACUAGACCAGUUAAUUGGUCCUCUGAGCACACAUAUCACCACGCUUCUUUCCCAACCAAUCUCUGGAACAGAUGACCAACGUGCUCAUAUCGAGACGAAAAAGGCUUAUCUUGCCCUUUUGAACAACGUUAUGGCCUCCAGACUCCAGGGAAUUUUCAUUUCAGAUCGGAAUUCGGCCGGUUUUGAAAAUCUCAUCCAGACUAUGCAACAGAUAGCAGAAGAUGUUUUAGAUCCCGCUUGCGAGAAGGUUGCAUUGACCUUCCUCAGCCGCUGCGUCACAGUCUGGGGUCAACCUGCCGGUGCCCCAACGGCGACUAAUGGACAAGAUGCGGGUGAAAGGUUGCCUGGUUUCGAGCGGUUCAUAUACGAACGCUUGAUUCCUACUGCCUUCCGAGUCCCCUCAUUACCCAAUUUCAAUUUUAAGGAUGGUCAGUUGGUUGUGGUUCUCCACGAGAUCGCCAACCUGCUACAAAUUAUCUGUAAAACCAGGGGAACGGAGGCAUACACGUUCUUCAUCAACGUUUUCCUUCCCUCGCAAAAUUGGCCACCGGAUAUGGCGGCAGAUUUCACGACCAAAUUACGAGAUUUAGACGGCAAGAAUUUCCGAAAGUAUUUCACAGACUUGAUUCGCUCUUCACGUGCAUCAUCAUAG